GAUUGUAUAUUAUACUAUGUACAAAAGUCUGAAGAAGAUUUUUGGUUCUAUAAAUUAAACUCACUUGCAACUAUAACCCACGCAACAACAGACAUAAAAGAAAACGAUCGUCGAGAGAGGCUAUGCAGAUUACAAGACCACAUGCGGCCAUGUUCGCUAGCCCUGGAAUGGGCCACAUCAUUCCCGUGAUCGAGCUUGGGAAACGCUUAGCCGGAACCCACGGAUUCCAAGUCACCAUCUUUGUCCUUGAAGCCGACGCAGCCUCCGCCCAAUCCCAAUUUCUCAACUCACCUGGCUGCGAUGUAACCCUUAUUGACAUCAUCGGUCUCCCGUCUCCGGAUAUCUCCGGUUUAGUGGACCCAUCAGCCUUUUUCGCGAUCAAGCUCUUGACCAUGAUGCGUAAGACCAUACCAACCCUUCGAUCAAAGAUCGAGGAGAUGCAGCACAAACCAACGGCUCUGAUCGUAGACUUGUUUGGCUUGGACGCAUUACGGCUUGGUGAAGAGUUCAACAUGUUGACUUAUGUAUUCAUGACUACAAAUGCACGUUUUCUUGCAGUGGCUUUGUACUUCCCAACGCUUGAGAAAGACGUUGAAGACGAACACAUAAUCAAGAAGAAACCGUUGGCUAUACCUGGAUGUGAACCGGUUCGGUUUGAGGAUACUCUUGAAACACUCCUUGACCGAACCGACCAGAUAUAUCAAGUAUUUGUUCCUUUUGGUUUGGUUUUCCCAACGGCUGAUGGUAUUAUUGUGAAUACAUGGGAUGAUAUGGAGCCCAAAACUUUGAAAUCUCUUCGAGACCCAAACCUCUUGGGUCGAAUUGCUCGUGUACCGCUUUAUCCAAUAGGUCCUUUAUGCAGACCGGUUGAUCCAUCAAAAACCAACCAUCCGGUUUUGGAUUGGUUAAACAAGCAACCGGACGAGUCGGUGCUUUACAUCUCAUUUGGAAGCGGCGGCUCUCUCUCGGCUACACAGCUAACGGAACUGGCUUGGGGGCUCGAGUUGAGUCAGCAAAGGUUCGUUUGGGUGGUUCAUCCCCCGGUAGAUGGUUCAUCUUGCAGCGAGUAUAUCUCUGCUAAUAGUAGCGAAGUACAAGACGGUACGCCACAAUAUCUACCAAAAGAGUUUACUAGCCGGACUCACGAGAGAGGCCUUGUGGUCUCUUCGUGGGCACCACAAGCCGAGAUCCUAGCCCACCAAGCCGUUGGUGGGUUUCUAACUCACUGUGGCUGGAACUCAAUUCUUGAAAGUGUUGUUAGCGGCGUCCCAAUGAUUGCUUGGCCGCUUUUUGCUGAGCAGAAAAUGAAUGCGACGUUGCUCAACGAGGAGCUAGGAGUAGCAAUCCGGUCUAGAAAACUGCCGUCGGAGGAAGUGGUUUUGAGGGUGGAGAUUGAGUCGUUGGUGAGAAGGAUUAUGGUGGAGGAGGAAGGUUGCGAGAUGAGAGAGAAGGUGAAGAAGUUAAAGGAUACGGCGGAGAUGUCGUUGAGCUGUGAUAGUGGAUCGUCGUAUGAAUCGCUAUCGAGAGUGGCAAAGGAAUGCGACCGUCUUUUGGAGCGUGACAUAAUGGCUCGUGGUGCCUAGAAGUGCGUAUCGUUAUGAACAUUUACGUUUGAACUACGUCUCGUUUUACUGUUUCUGGAAUAUUGUGUUUUAUUUUUCGUGUCUUGCUGAAUGCUAAAAACAUGAUUAACCUGAAAUUCUUAAGACGGUUCUUAACGGAAGUUAAGAAACUGUUUUUUAA